AUGCCGAAUAGAACAUAUAUAACGGCAGAGGAGAAGAUUAUGCCAGGCCACAAACCUAUGAAGGACAGAUUGACUCUAGCACUGUGUGUUAAUGCGAGUGGCGCCUGCAAGAGCAAGCCUCUGCUCGUGUACCAUUCGGAAAACCCCAGAGAAUUUAAAUCGCAUAAGAUUUUGAAAGAAAAACUGGUCGAACCCGAAGGCAUGGGUCACCAGGAAGUUCUUUGUGGGGUAGGUAAACCUGGUUUCGGCCCUAAUGUUAAGAAAUAUAUACUGGAAAAUAACCUACUCGUGCAAGCCCUUCUCAUCCCCGGCAAUGCCGCUGCUCAUCCACCAAACCUCGAAGAUGACAUCCUCGAGGAGUUAACAUUCAUAAAGGUUCUCUACUUACCACCCAACACCACUCCUAUCCUGCAGCCCAUGGAUCAGCAAGUGAUUUUUAAUUUUAAAAAACUAUACGCCGAGCAUCUGUUUCUGUGCUGCUUUGAAGUGACGGAGAACACAAACCUCACCCUUCGAGAGUUCUGGAAACAGGCCUGGUUGGGAGUUACAACGAGGACCUUGACCUCUGCGUGGAAAAAUCUGUGGCCUGAAGCUGUAGCUGAAAGGAUCUAUGAAGAAUUGGAACCCAGCGUUUCAGUAGAGGAGGCGAUUGUAUCUCUGGGUAAAUCCAUGGGUCUAGAGGUGGAAGAGAGAGAGACGUGA